CCGGAGCUGAGUCGCAUCCCCGUCGGGUAGCAGCCAUGAGCACCCCAGCCGUGCCCCAGGACCUGCAGCUGCCCCCGAGCCAGAGGGCUCAGCCUGAGUUCAAAGAACAAAGAAGACAAAAACUCAAGGAACAUAUGUUAAAAAGAAAAACUUUUUUGGCAUACAAACAGGAAAAUCACAUACCCAGUAGUAGAGACCAGAAAGUGAUGAACUCUGAGGGCCAAGUCCACGAAGAGACAAAAGUUCUGAAAUUUAAAACAAAAAUGGCUGGUAAAGAAAAUGUCAGUAGACUUCCUGGGAACAAAAAUCAUAUAAAUGGAAAGAACUGUAUUCCUUUAAGACCUUCUAAUGAAUUAACCAGUUCAACAAUAGCAGUUGACACACAUAAUUUUGAGAAUAAUAAUCAAAUGGGACAGUCCGUACCAAUUAAAGAUGACCCUCAAAGUCAACACAUGACAUUAAGCCAAGUGUUUCAUCUUAAAAACAACAAGAAAAAGAAACAAAUAUCCAUAGAAAAACCAAAGCAAGAUGCUAACAUGUCCAAGAAGCUUGUGCUUGGGUUCUACCGUGGCCAAAUUGUUCAGUCUAAGAUUAAUUCAUUUAGAAAGCCCCUACCAGUCAGAGAUGAGAGUUCUGCAACAACGAAGAAGCCUUCAGCUGCUGUCCCUAAAGACCCAGAGCCUCCACCCGCGGACACUCACAGUGCAACAGUGAGAAGUGAUAGAGCCCCAAACGUGGUGACCGCCACUAAACUUGGGAACACUGCAUCUCAGGACAGACAGCUGGUGCGGCCUCCUAUCAGAAGUCACCGCGACAGUGCUCAGGACGCUGUGAAACGGGGCAUCGGGCAAGCCACUGCCAAUGCUACAAUCCGGAAAGGGCCUCAGGAGAAAGAAUUACUGCAACCAAACACGGUUUCAUCUAGUGCCAAAACCAGUUCUCAGGAUGUAGAGAGAAAGAAGACACUGUCAAGAAGCCUGACCUCUGAAACUGUAGCCAGGCCUGCUUCGUCUUCUAACACCAAACUGAUACAGAAAUCAAAAAGCACUGACCCUCACAGACACACUAUAGCAAAAGCAACUCUUGAUAGAUCAGCUCAGCCCAAAGAAACAGCAGAAGAGGGAAAAGCUUGUCUGAGUGAGUGGAAAGCUGGUAAAAGAAGAGUGCUGAAAAGGCCUCCUAGCUCAGUGGUUACCCAGCCUGAGCCUGAAGGGCAAAAUGAAAACUCAGUUGGGUCCUUUUGGACAACCAUGGUAGAAGAAGAUAAACAAAGAUUAUUUACUGAAAAAGUAAACAAGACAUUUUUGGAAUGCCUGAACCUGAUUAAUGAGGGGUGCCCAAAAGAAGAAAUAUUGGUCAUACUGAAUGACCUGAUUAAAAAUAUUCCAGAUGCCAAAAAACUUGUUAAAUACUGGAUAUGCCUUGCACGUACUGAACCGCUCACAAGUCCUAUUGAAAAUAUUAUCACAAUCGAUGAGAAAGCUAUUCUGGCAGGGGCUCAGCCUAUUGAAGAGACGCGACAUGCAAAUGCAGAUAUUCUAACAAUGAAGAGUCAAGAAAAAGUGAAAUAUGGAGAAAAUAUUGAGGCUUGUGCAACCAAGGGCUACAUCCAAGAAGUCGACAGUGAAGAUAUAGGUGUUAAUCUAGAGUCAGGAAGACCAGAAAUGGAAAAGAAACCUAGAAAUGUGGUAUUUCAAGAUGGUGAAAAAGAGGAAGAUGACGAAACAAAAGAUCCAACCAAUGAUGUUAAGACCCCCAGUACAGAAACCAGGGGGAGUUGCUUAAUUAAAUAUAAUGUGUCUACUACACCAUACCUACAAAGUGUAAAAAAGAAGAUACAGUUUGAUAAAGAGAAAGAUACUACAUUUAAAGAGCUAAAGUUUCUAACACCAGUUACACGUUCUUGACGUAUUCAAGAGAAGACUUCUAAAUUGCCAGAUAUGUUAAAAGACCAUUAUCCAUGCGUGUCAUCACUGGAGCAGUUAACAGAGUUAGGAGGUGAAACUGAUGCUUUUGUAUGCCCUCCGAAUGCAGCGCUAUGCCCCCCGAAUGCAGCGCUACGCCCCAUGUACUCAGAGCCUGGAACAGCACAAGAGAAAUAAAGUGAUGAUAAGGAACGGGGCUUCUGUUGUUCCUGGGGGCUUUUGUUUGCUUAUUGUAGCUUUGUAUGUCUCUUAGGAGUUGGCCAAGUACCUAAGUAUUCAUGGCAGUGAGCUCUUCUACUGAUAUUCACGUUAUAGCAGGAAUUGCCUUCUGUGCAGCAGAAAGCUAAUCCUACCUUGUCAAUCUCAGCAGAGGGAGUUUCUAAGAAAGGUAAAUCUUGUCAAGUAGUUUACUAUGUUCCUUGAAUAUAAACAGGUUUGAUCAUAA